AAAUAUAGGUUUAUUCACAAAAGGGGUGGCACAUCUGGUAGCAUUGUUGCCUCAGCUCCAGUUUUACAGUUCAUCCAGUUUCUCCAGUUUCCUCCCACACAGUCCAUCAUGUCAGUCAAUAGAUUAGCUUUUCGAUUUGAGAAUAUGUCUGCAUUGUGCAAAGUGAUGAACUGGUAUCUCAUUCAGGGUGUAUUCCUGGGAUUCUCCAGAUGUACCAUAAGCCUGAGCAGCAGUUACUUACACAAAUAAACAUUUUUUUUUUUUAAAGAACAAAUUUCUUUUAAAACAUUAAUUUUCUGAGAAUAUAUCAAUGAAAAUAUGUUCUAGUAGAUGAAAAUAUUAACUAUUAAUGCAUCAUUAGGGGUGGGUGAUAGGGGCGAAAUUUUAUAAUGCGUCCAAAAGACAUUAAGCGUAUUACCCACAUAUAGGUUUAUACACAAACAGCCAGAGAAACAGUAUUUUAGUUAGACUAUAUUAUCUAUUUUAUCAAUAUCAAAUAAUUGGUAUUAAAAUAAAAUAAUUAUAUUGAAAUAAACGAAGAAUGAGUCGGUUUGUAUAAUAAACAAUGUUUCUCACUGCUUUCAGUCAGUUUGCAUUAAUAAUAAUAAUAAUAAUAAUAAUAAUAAUAAUAAUAAAGACAGAGAAGAGAAAUGUCACGAUAUCUCAGAAAAGUGUAUUGUGAGAUCGUUUAUCACGAUACCGAUAUGUUCUUGUCAUAUUGCCCAGUCCUGAGUGUAAACUUUAUAUUUCGGGUGUGUGUGUGUGUGUGUGUGUGUGGUCGGUCUAAGACACUCCCUGUAUUGUAGACAGUCGCUUCUUACGCACGACGAUCUAAAGACAAGUAUGUUGAGUAUUUAUGAGCAUCCUCAAGUAAAGCGUGUGUUUGCGUGUGUGCGCGUGUGUGUUGUGUGAUCGCGCCCACGGCGGCUCUUCGUCACUCCCCACUCCCUUCCGAGAGCCCUCCUCUUCCCUCAGUAGGCUGAACGCUCGGCCUGGAUGUGGGCUGAAAACAGCGGCUUGUAGAAGAUGUCCGCCGCGGGUGCUGGAGCUUGCGGACCCGGACCUGGAGCCGGUAGCGCUCACGUAUCCGGAGUCUCCAACCCUCGGAAGUUCAGUGAGAAAAUCGCCCUACACACUCAGCGCCAGGCCGAGGAGACCGCCGCCUUCCAGGAGGUCAUGAUGGACAUCACCUCCACCCGGAUUCAGGCUCAGAAAGUGCGACUGGCAAGAACACAGGGUCCUUACUAUGGAGGCUCUUUGCCAAAUGUCAAUCAGAUAGGCAGGAACAUGGCCGACCUCCAGGGCUCGUUUCACUCGACCUUGGAAUCCAACCGAUCCACACGACACCAUGGCCUGGUGGAGAGAGUCCCCAGAGACCGACGCUUCGCCUCCCCCAGCCGACCGUACAGGAGACACAUGGACAACUCUUACUGCAACUCUGCAUACCUGUCUCCGCCCCCUGACCCGAGCUGGAGAAGGAACUGGUCCAGUAAUUUCUCCAUGGACAAGAACCCAUUGUUCCGUCUUCCCACCACAGCACUCAACAGAACGAACUCGGACUCCGCUCUGCACACCAGUGUGAUGAACCCUCCCACAGGAGAUCCAUUCAAUGCAGGACACACCCUAAACCCACACGGGAGACACGGCGGUGUGACUGAGAGUGAAGGGAGGAGAAUGUUUCCAUACCCAGUCCCUCCCAUAGAGGAGAAUGUAUUAGAUGAAGGCAAGCUUCUAAAACCAUGGGACUCAAAGAAGUUACCCAUGCUGUCCUCACGACCAAAGUCUUGUGAAGUCCCUGGAAUCAAUAUAUUUCCUUCGCCGGAUCAGCAGUCCAAUGCCUCUCAUGUCCAAUCGGCUUUGAAUACUGGAGGUUCACUGCCUGAUCUUUCCAGUCUGCAUUUCCCUUCACCGCUGCCAACGCCGCUCGACCCAGACGAGCCGGGCUACCCCUCCCUCAGCGGGGGCAACAGCACUGGCAACCUAGCAUCCACCCUCACUCAGCUCGGCAUCAAUACCACAAAUGCCUUCAACUCUCCAGGUCUGAUGGCCUCUCUGCAGGGCACAUUCAGUAACCCUACUCUCCAGUCUUCACUUAGCAACCCUAACAUCCAGUCAUCUUUAAACAACCAUUCUUUCCCCAACUCCCUUAGCUCUGCCUCACUGCAGUCAUCACUAAGCAAUCCUUCCUUGCAGUCAUCCCUUAGCUCCUCCCCUUCUUUGCAGUCGUCCCUUAGCAAUCAAUCCCUUCAUUCCUCACUGAGUAACUCUUCUCUAAGUGCUCAGUCCCUCCCAUCAGUGAAUAGUGGCAUGGGAUCAGGCCAGUGUUUGAGUUCCUAUCCUACGUUGUUACCCAGCCAGGUGCAGCAACAGUUAAGCUCCUCCCCCCGCAGGCGGGGCCAGCUUUCACCGCUUAACCUGCCCCUGGGCCCAGAUUCCCGCAGGCACCACCCCAAACAGUUCUCACCCACCAUCUCAACCACGUUGACUUCAAUCACACAGGGCGUUCCUCUAGAUACCAGCAAGCUUCCGACGGACCAGAGGUUACCACCAUAUCCUUUCGCACAGUCUCAGCCAGGCCAGAGCAAUGAUGCUCAGAAAGGCUGUUCCUCACCACAGUCUGGCCAGCCACCGGUCCAGCACCAACAAUUACAGCAACAUCAGCAGACUGCUCAGCCUCCCCUGUGCCACUCCCACCCACAUACACAACACCCACAACCCAUGCAGCUGCACAUGCAAAACAUGCACAACCUGUGUAAAACGCAGAACUUUCCAUUUGAACACGUCCAACGACAACAGGGCUCCCAUCUCCAGCCGCAGCCGAAUCAAAACCGCAGCACAGGAGACGCGCCAGGGCCAGUGAACUCGCAGAGCUCGCAGAAACCUGAUGUACAGACGCAGACGCAGACACAGCCUGUACAGCAAGAACAGAACCAGAAUCUUCCUCAACUUCAACAGAUCAGCCAGUCUCUCGCCAGUGAACUUGGUCUUUACAAUGAUACCUUAUUUCUGAACUCCCUUCUGGAUGAUCCAUACUUGGGCCUACAUCUCACGGGUAGGCAAAACCAGAACCAUUCUCAGCAGUACACCAUUGAUUCUCAUGGAGAGGGUUUGUCCUUUAACCACAAUCUGGACUGUGGCACCCAUAGUAAAGGGCAGGACGGCUCCUACACCAGCCACCAAGGGGUGCUAGAAUUGAUGGACUCCUCAGAUCAGCAGUUCCUCAACCCCAGUCAGAUCCAGAAUUAUGGUACUGGGCGCCACCUUGUCCCAAACAUCAUACUGACUGGAGACUCUCCUCCUGGUUUGUCUAAAGAGAUCACCAGUGCUUUGUCUGGAGUGCCAGGCUUUGAGGUGGACCCAUUCUCUUCAGACGAUGCUCUCAGGAUGGAGCCCCUGGCUCUUGAUGGCCUCAGCAUGCUCACCGAUGGAGACUUGAUGCUGGCCGACCCGGCCGUGGAGGACUCCUUUCGCUCUGACCGACUCAAAUGAACAAGAGAAGGGUGGUUGGAACGUUAAGGAGUCGGGAGACAUCCAUGCAAUCUGCGAGUAAGAAGAAUGAAGUCUAUAAGGCAUUCCAUUGGGAUUUCUCCUCACUCUCCACUUAGGCUUGAAAUCUGCUGAAGAGAUUCCUGAAAGGGACCAACUAUGUUUUUUCAUUUUUAUUUUAUUAUUAUUUUUUUUUUUAAAAGUGUUAGUUCAGCUCUUUUUGCUCUAAGCCCCAUGCACUUGCUGAGAGUUCUCUUCAGAUUUAACCAUUAAUAUAGGCAUUAGCUUGUCUAAAUCCUUUGCAUGUUGACAUGUGCACUUCAGAUUAUGUAACGUCAAGCAUGCGACGCCAACUCGCCGAAACCGUUAAAAAAUGUUUUCUAUUUAUUGUCCCCCUCAGUGUUGACUUUCGAAAAAACAAACCAAGUGUCCAGCUCAAGCAUCUGCCAAAAUGACCAACUUUACUGUGUCGCUGUAUGUCACCGAUUGUAUACUUUGCAUUGAGGGAAUGCCCCUCCACUAAAUGAGUAUUUAUUCAUUCCAA